AUGCAAAAAGGCGGAGCAGUUGCCUCAGGGUCACAGCAUGGACAAAGGAUGAUUUUUACAGGCCCAGAUGGAAUUGGAGACUACAGACCAAGAUCAAAUUAUUUCCCCCGGUACAUCGGUGUGGGCACCUCAUCACCUGAGGCCACGGGUGACCUCAGUUACUUGUGUCGAGCUGCACCACAUGCCCCCCCUCCUAUGCCCAGGCAGAGCUGCGUUGGGGAGGUAGGCUGGGGCUGGCAGUACAACCAGCUGUUGAACAGCGGGACGCUGCUCAGCAAUAUGCAAAUUAAGAAAACUGAUAUACGGACCGCAUUGGAGGACAGAGUGACUCACAGGUUCCAGUAA